UUUCUCAACCCUAGUUAUCAGUUUCUGUUCAUGAACCUCGCUACCCCAGCAAUAACAGAUAAGAAUUGGGUUAGUAGGGCGCACGUUCUUCAGUUUCCCUUCUAAAACAGUAACACACAUCCUGCUUACAUUUCAAACCCCCCAAAUUAUACCCAGUUAGCCAUUUCUUUCAUAGUCUUUUGGAAUCAAACUGAAUCUCAUUUCUCAAUCUCCAGUUUUUGCAUCCGCAAUGCGUCAAAACAACGGCGUUUCCUUCACCUCCUCUUCUCUCAAAAUUCCUCUCCCUUCUUCCAACCCUUCUCUCUCACAAACCCUAGCCUCUCAGCUCGCCAGAACUCGUCACUCGGCCUUCCAACUCAUUGACUCGUUCAGGAGUCGUUUCAAUUAUGUAAAAGGUCCCCCGACUCGAUCGACUGAGUCAACCUUGUCAGAGUUCGGAAUUCACUCGCUUAUCAGAAGCUGUCCCCUACUGUGCUCUACAUCGCUGUCUCAGACAACUCAAAACCACAACAUUGCUAAAUCGCCUCUGCUAUGUGCGGCCUCGUUGUCGCUGAGUCCAAUGGGUUCAACCGAGUCAACUCAGGCCGGGUUGGAGGUUCCGCAGAAGGGACAGUCCACAACGGCAAGUCGUUACGACGAGGAGAGGGUCCUGAUAAGUGAGGUUCUGGUGAGGAACAAAGAUGGGGAGGAGUUGGAGCGGAAAGACCUCGAAAUGGAAGCACUUACCGCGUUGAAAGCUUGCCGAGCCAACUCAGCAUUGACGGUCCGGGAGGUACAGGAAGACGUGCACCGGAUCAUUGAUAGCGGCUACUUCUCCUCGUGCAUGCCUGUGGCUGUCGACACGCGGGACGGUAUCAGAUUGGUGUUUCAAGUAGAACCAAAUCAGGAGUUCCAUGGAUUGGUCUGUGAAGGAGCCAAUGUUCUCCCAUCAAAGUUUCUUGAGAAUGCUUUUCGCGAUGGACAUGGAAAAGUGAUAAAUCUUAAGCGUUUAGAUGAAGUAAUUAAUUCAAUCAAUGGAUGGUAUAUGGAGCGUGGUCUUUUUGGCUUGGUUUCUGGAGUUGAUAUUUUUUCUGGAGGUAUUAUAAGGUUACAAGUUGCAGAAGCAGAGGUCAAUAAUAUAUCCAUACGUUUCCUUGACCGAAAGACUGGUGAACCGACUAAAGGGAAGACAAAGUCUGAAACAAUACUUAGGCAACUCACAACCAAGAAGGGACAGGUGUAUAGUAUGCUUCAAGGAAAAAGAGAUGUGGAUACAGUGUCAACUAUGGGUAUCAUGGCAGAUGUCAGUAUCAUUCCUCAACCAGCUGGAGAUGCUGGUAAGGUUGAUUUGAUAAUGAAUGUUGUUGAACGUCCAAGUGGUGGUUUUUCUGCUGGUGGUGGAAUAUCAAGUGGGAUUACAAGUGGCCCUUUAUCAGGACUUAUUGGAAGCUUUGCAUAUUCUCAUAGAAAUUUGUUUGGAAGAAACCAAAAGCUUAAUAUUUCCUUAGAGAGGGGGCAAAUUGACUCUAUAUUCCGCAUUAACUACACAGACCCAUGGAUUGAGGGAGAUGACAAGCGGACAUCUAGAACAAUAAUUGUCCAGAAUUCAAGAACCCCUGGGACACUUGUGCAUGGUAACCAACAUGACAAUAGCAGUCUAAGCAUUGGCCGUGUUACAGCUGGUGUAGAGUUUAGUCGACCAAUCAGGCCAAAAUGGAGUGGAACGGCUGGGCUUAUUUUUCAGCAUGCUGGUGCUCGUGAUGAAAAAGGAAAUCCAAUUAUCAAAGACUUCUAUGGCAGCCCACUUACUGCAAGUGGUAAGCCUUAUGAUGAUAUGUUACUGGCUAAAUUUGAAAGUGUCUAUACUGGUUCUGGUGAUCAAGGUUCCUCCAUGUUUGCAUUUAACAUGGAACAAGGACUUCCUGUCAUGCCUGAGUGGCUGUUUUUCAACAGAGUGAAUGCUCGUGCAAGAAAAGGUGUUGAAAUUGGUCCUACUCGCCUUCUUUUAAGUUUGUCUGGUGGGCAUGUGGUGGGCAAUUUUUCUCCUCAUGAAGCAUUUGCUAUUGGUGGAACAAACAGUGUCAGAGGUUAUGAAGAAGGUGCUGUAGGCUCCGGUCGAUCUUAUGUAGUUGGCUCUAGUGAAGUUUCUUUCCCACUGCUGGGACCUCUGGGAGGAGUUAUUUUUGCUGAUUAUGGACAUGAUCUAUGGUCAGGCCCCAACGUGCCUGGUGAUCCUGCCGGGGCAAGGUAUAAGCCUGGAAGUGGAUAUGGGUAUGGCUUUGGUAUCCGAGUGGACUCACCUUUAGGACCUUUGCGUCUUGAAUAUGCCUUUAAUGACAGGCAGGCAAAGAGGUUUCACUUCGGGGUUGGCCACCGAAGCUAAGAUGAGGUUUCACACUUUGGGUGUCCAAAGAAAACUGUGAAACUUUCGGCAUCAUAUUAUUCUUGGAUGCUACUCGCGCAACACAAAUUCACAAAAAAUUUUGAAUCUAUUUUGUAAAUUCAUGCCAUGGCUAGAGAGAUAGGCUUGUUUUGAUGAUAAUUGUCUAUGUUAUUGCUAGAGAAAGAACAUGGAUGUCCUGAUAAAUUUUUAUUGAUGCAUAAUUUUGAAGUGCGUCUAGCUCAAACAAA